GAGGGAGCUGCAUCUGGUGCUCAGGGUGCCCAUGGAGUAAGGAAAUGGGUGGAUGGGGGGAGCAAACAAUAAGCACCCUGACCUCUCAGGCCCAUGGCCCUGGUGAAGGUGGUGCUUGGGGCCCACAACCUGCGGAACGCCGAGCCCAGCCAACAGAAGUUCUCCGUCACUCGCCAGUUUUCCAACAACUAUGACCCAGAGCUGAAGCACAAUGACAUUCUCCUACUGCAGCUGGACCGCCCUGCCAACCUCACCGCCCAGGUCACAGUGGCGCAGCUCCCGGAGCAGGACCAGCUGCUGCCCCACGGCACCCAGUGCCUGGCCAUGGGCUGGGGCCGCCUGGGCACCAUGGAACCAUUGCCCCAGGUCCUUCAGGAGCUGAAUGUCACCGUGGUCACCUUCCUGUGUCGGCCAGAGAACGUGUGCACCUUCGUUCCCCGGCGCAAAGCUGGCAUCUGCUUUGGGGACUCUGGCGGCCCCUUGAUCUGCGACGGCGUCCUCCAGGCCGUGGACUCCUUCCUCGUUCGGGAGUGUGCCAACCGCCAGUACCCGGACUUCUACGCUCGAGUUGCCCUCUAUGUGGACUGGAUUCAGUCUGUGCUGAGAAGUGUGGGGGGUGAGGGCAGCCCCUGA